AUGCAUGUCGCUCGCUUCUUGAUGCCGGCCGUGUUGGCCUCUGUGGCCGCGGCCGAGACAAAGUUCUGCGGCGCUCCCAACGACUUCGAGGUCCUUAUGGGCACGCCGUGGAUCGUUUACUCGAUGAACUACAACUACAAAUCCAUCAGCGGAUCGUGCUGCACUGGAUACUACGGAACGUCAGGCGAGGGCGACGCACAGCGGAUUAAAUGGAGUAGCAUCUGGGACAUUAACCCGACCGUGAACAAGGACGUCGUCAAGGGAUACUCCUUCAUCGGACUCACCCAAAGCCUGGAGACGAGGCUGAGUGACAUUAAGAGCAUCCCUAGUACCUAUGACUGGACUGUCUCCAACACUUCUGCCUAUAAAGGUAACGUCGUCUACGACUUCAUGACUUCCGACACAAAGGGCGACAGCACGUCUAGCAAUGCGCAGGAGCUCAUGCUCUGGCUUCGUUACGAAGGAGGACAGGUCCCCAUCGGCUGGGCCGAAGGACCGACUGCGACAAUCGACGGGCUCUUCGGUAAGGACGGCUGGAAGCUUUACCAGGGCAAGAAUACCGACACGGGCAUCACGGUGUCGUCGCUGCUCGUGCCGCAGGACAGCCAGUUUGGAGAUCUGCAGGGUGGCUCAUUCGAAGGUGACAUCAAGGACUGGCUCGUUGCGCUGGCAAAGCAGGGCGUCUUCUCCGAAAGCACCUACGUCAAUGUUGGAAAUGCCGGCAUGGAGCCGUACUGGGGCACCGUCACGUUCAACAACACCCUCGGUUUGAGGAUCAACCUUUAA